AUGAGUACUGCAAGUUCUUUUGUUAUGUAUUUAAUACUUCGAAGAGACCUCACUACAACCCUUAAUUGGCCUCUCGGAGCUGUAUGUACUCAAGCAGCUCAUGCUGCAAGUGCAGCGAUGUGGCUUUUCAAAGAUGACCCUAAUACAACUAUAUACACGAGUGAAUUAGACUCUAUGCAUAAAGUAACAUUGGGUGUUGAUUCGGAGAAAGAAUUAUUAGAUGUUCAUGAAAAAUUGAAAUCGAAAAACAUUGAUCAUAAGGUUUGGAUCGAAGAUGAUCAAUCUGUGUGUAUAGCUCUGAAACCUUAUUCUAAAAAUGAUGUGAAGAAUGCAUUACGAGGAUUGAAACUAUUCUGA